AAGUGGAAAAUGUGGGUCAGAGGUCAUCUAAGUUGGUUUGUCAACAAACAAAGCACAACCAAUACUGAAGGAAGGACAUUGGGCUGGUUUUAAUAGGCAUGAAUCAUUUUGACAUGCCUCGUAAUAAGUUUCAACCACAGACUCGUAAACUGAGCUGCAGAAAGGAGGGCAGAUCCACCCCCCACUGUACCAGGCACAAGGAAUCCCGCAGGGCUGGUAUUCUUCUUUUCAGAAGGCCCAGAUGUUCUGGAACAGCACAUACCUCUUUUCAAUGCUCAUUAGUGACAUAGCAAGUUAAUUGCUUUGCUCAAAUUGCGUUCACACCGUAGACAGUCAGCAAACAGACAGCAGACUACCUUCAGAGCUCGAGCUUCAGGGACAGUGGAUGCAGUUGAUGCAGCAAUGCCAUUGAAGGGCUUUAAGCCGUUCUUUGGCGGCGCCCUGGCCCUGCUUGGCUGGGUAGGGGUGAUUCUCGUCUGUGGACUGCCCAUGUGGAGGAUCACAGCCUAUGUUGGCAGCAAUUUCGUCACGUCUCAGAGCGUCUGGGAGGGAAUCUGGAUGAACUGCACGGUGCAAAGCACCGGGAAGAUGCAGUGCACCGUCUACGACUCAAUGCUGGCUCUCAGCAUGGACUUUCAGGUUGCUCGUGCCCUGGUGGUUAUAUCAAUGGGGUUGGGCAUCGUUGGGCUUCGCAUGUCUUUCACCUCUCAUAAGUGCAACAACUACGUCCUAGAUAAAAACAGCAAGAAGGAAUCUGCCCUUGCUUCAGGUGUGGUUCUGAUCAUCUGUGGAGUCUUGUGCCUGAUCCCUGUUUGUUGGACAGCCAGCACAAUCAUGAACGACCUCUACAACCGUGGACUGGAGAACGGCCAACGGCACGAACUGGGGGCUUCUCUCUACAUUGGCUGGGCGGCCAGCUUUUUGCUGGUGGUUGGAGGAGGACUUCUUUGCAGUACUUGUCCUAGAACGGAUGAUCAAAAACAUUAUCACUUGAGUACCAGCUUGUGAACUUGUCUAGUAGGCUUUCUUGCAUCUGUUUCAAAAACUUACAUCUGAAAGCAUAUCGUCGCUGUCCUAAAAAAAACACUUAUCUCCAUUUUUGUCUAUUUUUAGUUUACU